AUGUUUUUCAAAAUUUCAUUUCUCAUUUUAGCAGUGGCACUGCCCGCCAUUCAUGGCUUCGGACUAUCUUCCAAAUUGAGUGCACUUUUGGGUAACCAACCCGUAACAACAACAUACACAUUGCCCGCACCGAGCACAAUUACAGUCUCGCCGGUCACAUCACCAACCAACACAUACACGUCGCCAAUUAUCUACACUACACCAACCUACGUGCCCACACCAUACCCAGUACCAGUCCCGACCGGCACAACAACAUCAUCAAAUCGAUCACUGGCCGAUGCUAUGGACCAAGAGGCGGAUGGUGGACGUCGACGUAAUCGUCGCAGUAGGCAGCGUGUACAGCGUGUAUAUCCCAAGCGGAGACGUAGAAUGUUGAAACGCAGAGGCGGAUAA